AAUGGUGGCGGCGGGAGCGGCGGGCGGGCCCCGCGGCCCGGCGGGGCCCAGUGCCGUUCCCCGCGGGUGGCAGCGGGUGAGCAGCCGCAGGCGGGCAGGCAGGACGGCCGGGAGGAUCGACGUGUGCUUUGUCAGCCCCGAAGGGAAGAAGCUGAGGUCGAAACGAGCACUUGUGGAGUAUUUUCAGAAAACUGGGGAGACAACACUGAAAGCAGCAGACUUUGAUUUCACAGCUCCUCGGGGAAGCACACGCUCGGGGGUGAGGGGAUGCAGCACAAGAGCUGCAAGGACUGACCUGGAGAAGGACGAUUGUCAUAGCCAAGUGCAGGAGCUUUGUGCGCAGAAUGGGUCCAAGGUUGGAAUUGAGAACAUCCACACUGGGAAUGGACACCUGGAAGAUGUUACAUCCACUUUAGAAAGCACAGAUUUGGUCACGGAUAGCACAGACCCAGAGAAGGGUUUGAAAACAAAAAGGAAGGGGGCAGGUGGGAAAAGUGUCCAGAGUAGAAAACCUGUGAAGAGCUCAGAAAGGAGGAACCAAGGUGACCCCCAGAGCAAGAGGCAGAGAAGAGUCUGUAGCACACGGCAGAUCGAGUGUGUUCAGAACAAGAGGUUCUGCAGGCAGACAGACAGGAGUGGGGCUGACAGCCAGGGUGUGGGUGAUCUGAGUGCUGAGCCUGUGGGUGCAGGCAAAGCUCUGUCAGCAGUGUCCAGGGCACAGGCAGGCACAUGGCUCAGGUCAGUGGCUGCUGGCUCGCAGAGGGACCUGGGGCACCUGCCAGAGGAGGGUCCUGUGGGCACAGGCUUCAGUGACCCAGCUGAGGAGAAAUCCCACGGACUGGAGACAGGGAAAGAGCCAGAUGGGCCUGUGGGUAAGCAGGAUGUUAAAUCCAACACCGAGGCGGAUGCUGAGCCGUGGGACAGGACGAGCUGCACAGCUGUCAGAGGGGCACCAGAAGAGUCUGUCCCACGAACACAAGUGGAGAGAAGGAAAACAAGUCCAUAUUUUUCCAGUAAAUACAGCAAAGAAGCCCCCAACCCGCCCAGAAGGAAAGCCCUCAGAAAAUGGACCCCUCCACGUUCUCCUUUCAAUCUGGUCCAGGAAACGCUCUUCCACGAUCCAUGGAAGCUUCUCAUUGCCACCAUAUUUCUCAAUAAAACUUCAGGGAAAAUGGCAAUUCCAGUGCUCUGGGAGUUCCUGAAGAAGUACCCUUCUCCUGAGGUAGCCAGGGCUGCAGACUGGAAAGAGAUGUCAGAGCUGCUCAAACCUCUCGGCCUCUACGAACUCAGAGCCAAAACCAUCAUCAGGUUCUCGGGUGAGUACCUGAGCAAGCGGUGGCGGUACCCGAUCGAGCUGCACGGCAUCGGCAAGUACGGCAACGACUCCUACAGGAUCUUCUGCGUCAACGAGUGGAAGGAGGUGCAGCCACAGGACCACAAGUUGAACGUGUACCACGCGUGGCUGUGGGAGAACCGGGAGAGGCUGAGCCUCGACUGAGCCCAGGCGAGCUGGGGGUGCCCCAGCCUCUCCGCCUUUCCUCAGGUGUCCUCACGGUUCUUGGUGUAGAUAUUUGUGUGACCUGGCUUGGGUCAUCGCUGUAAUGACAAGUGUCUGAUCUGUAUUUUUUUAAUAAAGGUGUCCCUGGUUGUA